AUGGUGGAAACUCCACAAAUGAUGGAAAUAUUAGUUUAAGUUUUGCCAGAAAUGAUGGUUAAAGCGACCUAGAUAGUAAACCUUAAAUAAAACUUCUUUAAGAAUUUCUCAAAAAUGAUUAAGGAGUAUUUUACAAGUUAAUUUAUGAUUCAUAUGUAUAAAUGGCAACAGAAUAAGCAAUUAAAAAAUAAAAUUGAAAUAGAAUUAUAACUAGACACUUUUGUCAAUUAAGAUGAAAAUUCGGAAGUUACUCAAAUUGAUAUAUAAAACUUAGAAAAAAUAGAUUAUCAUUAAGUUUCUCUUGAAGUUUGGAAUAAAAUGGAAAAUAAUUAAAUUCCUUUACAACUUUAAAUCUCAUAUGAUUUUGGUGAACUGGAUCUCAAUCUUUUAAAGAUAAUUGAACCUAAUCUUCUACUACCAAAUACCUUAUUUAAUAAAGUUAAAAUUCAAAAAGAAAGAAUAAUCUAAGUUGUUAGCGAUGCAUUAAAAGAAUACAAUCUCACAAGUUAUGAUUUUUAUAGUGAGUUUAUUAAAUAUUACCAUUUGAAAUAAAUCGAAAAAUAAUAAAACUUGGGAAAAUCUAUAAAUAUUGAUAGUUUUUUGCAUGAUCUAAAAUAGUAUUCAAUUAAACUUGCAAAAUCUAUGAGUAAUAAAUAAGUUACUUAAGUUUAAUAUAAACAAAAAGGAUUAUUAUAUAAAGAAGAAGGAGAGGAAGGAAAAUGGCUGAAUGAAUUUUUUAAUGAUGAUACUUAAUAUGGGUCUUAUAAAAAGGAUAUUAGAAGUUGUUCAUUGAUCUAAAAAAAAGGUGCAAACUUUUUAUUUGUCCAUAAGUCUAUCUAAGAUUUCUUAAUUGCAGCUGAUUUAUAUGAAAUGUUAGCGUUAUCAACAGAUCUUGAUUUGCAAAUAUUGAGUUCUAUUAUAGAAAGGUUAUCAAAAGAAUAAACUUAAAAUUAAGAUUACUUAGAAUUUAUCUCAAAUUUAAAUCUUUCUGAAUUGAAUUUUAAAUUUGAUACUUUAUCUCUUUUUGAAAGGUAACACUAAUUAAAUGAUAUAUAAAAGAACAUUAAAUUACUUUUAAAUCUUAUCAGAAUUCUAAAAUAGCAUGACUUCAAUUAGAUUAAUUAUUCCACUAAUUUUUAUACAGAAACAAGGAGAUAUCUGAGAUAAAAAAUAUCAAAAGAGCUUGUGAUUAUAGAAUUUCUAAAAUUGAUAGUUAAUCUUACUAAAAUAGAUAAAAAUUUCAUUUAGUGUGGAUCUAACUCAUUAAAUUUAUUAGUCGAAAUGAAAGUUGAUCUAACCAAGCAAUGUUUUUCAAAUAUAAAAAUAAAAAAUACAUCUAUUAUUGGAGCUAAUUUUGCAAAAUGCAAUUUGAGCGGAUCAGAAUUAGAAAAUGUAAAUAUAAAUGGAAUCAAUUUAAAUUGUGCUUAACUGUUUAAUUGUAAAUGGAAGCAUUUAAAAAUAUAUGAAGUACAUCAAUUUAAUGGUCAUAAUGAUACAGUCUGCUCAGUUAGCUUCUCACCUGAUGGUACUAAAUUAGCAUCUGGUAGUGAUGAUAUUUCUAUCUGUUUAUGGGAUGUUAAGACAGGAAAAUUAAAAGCAAAAUUAGAAGGUCAUACUAACUGGGUCUAAUCAGUAUGCUUCUCUCCUGAUGGUACUACAUUAGCAUCUGGUAGUUAAGAUUAAUCUAUUCGUUUAUGGGACAUAGAGACCGGAGAAUAAAAAGCCAAAUUAGAUGGUCAUACUCAUUAUGUCUACUCAAUAUGUUUCUCUCCUGAUGGUACUACAUUAGCAUCUGGUAGUUUUGAUAACACUAUACGUUUAUGGGAAUUUAAGACAGGAAAAUAAAAAGCCAUAUUACAAUGUAAUAGUUAAGUUAAUUCAGUCAGUAUCUCCCCUAAUGGUACUACAUUAGCAUCUGGUAGUGCAGAUAACUCAAUUUUUUUUUGGGAUGUUAAGACAGGAUAAUUAAAAUCCAAAUUGAAUGGUCAUACUAAUUAGGUUCGAUCCGUAUGUUUUUCUCCUGAUGGCAUUUCAUUAUCAUCUGGUAGUGAUGAUAAGUCUAUCCGUUUAUGGGAUGUAAAGACAGGAUAAUAAAUAGUCAAAUUAGAUGGUCAUAUUAAUUAAGUCAAAACAGUUUGCUUCUCUCUUGAUGGUACUAAAUUAGCAUCUGGUAGUACAGAUAACUCCAUCCGCCUAUGGGAUGUUAUGACAGGAUAAUAAAAAUUCUAAUUAGAAGGUCAUGAUGGAAUUGUCUGCUCAGUAUGCUUUUCUCCUGAUGGUACUAUAUUAGCAUCUGGCAGUGAUGAUCAGUCUAUCCGUUUAUGGGAUGUUAAGACAGGAUAGCAAAAAGCGAGUUUCGAUGGUCAUACUCAUAAUGUCCGAUCAGUAUGCUUCUCUCCCGAUGGUACUACAUUAGCGUCUGGUAGUAGGGAUAAGUCAAUCCGUUUAUGGGAUGUUAAGACAGGAUAAUAAAAAGCCAAAUUAGAUGGUCAUAUUAACUGGGUCUAAUCAGUAUGCUACUCUCCGGAUGGUGCCACAUUAGCAUCUGGCUGUGUAGAUAACUCUAUUCGUUUAUGGGAUGUUAAUACAAGAGAAACAAAAGUUAGGUUGGAGGGUCAUUAGGGUUAUCUCAAUUUGGUAAGUUUCUCUCCUGAUGGUACUAUAUUAGCAUCCUGUAGUAGUUUUGAUUCUAUAGGUUUAUGGGAUGUUGGGACAGGUUAAUAAAUAGCCAAAUUAGGUGGUCAUACUUAUUGUGUUCAAUCAUUAUGUUUCUCUCCUGAUGGCACUACAUUAGCAUAUGGUAGCGAGGAUAAAUCUAUCAGAUUAAAGGAUGUUAAGACAGGAUAAUAAUAAUUCAAAUUAGAUGGUCAUAGUGAUUAUGUCAGAUCAGUAUGCUUUUCUCCUGAUGGCACUACAUUAGCAUCUGGUAGUGUUGAUAACUCUAUUCGUUUAUGGGAUGUCAAAACAGGAUAAUAAAAAGCUAAUUUAAUGGGCCAUUUGAAUGAUGUUAAUACAGUAAGCUUCUCACCUGAUGGUACUACAUUAGCAUCUGGCAGUGAUGAUAAUUCUAUCCGUAUAUGGGAUGUUAAAACAGUAAAAGAAGUUAAAACCACGGAUAUGAUUUAGAAAGAAAUUUUGGUAGAAUUAGAAAAUUAACUAUUUUAGAACAAUCUUCUACCAGAAGGGAGUAUCUAUAAUCUUAAUUUAGCAUCCUCUCAUUCAACAAUACUCCUUAUAUCCAAAUAGCCAAUUUUUUAAGCGAAUGGAGCUCUAAUUCUGAAAGGUUAAUUUGAGAAUUAAUCAAGCAUAGAUUUAAAAACAUUAUUUAAAUAAAAAGGAAGUUGCAUUUUGGAAAGGCAAUAACAAUAAAUAUAAAAAUUGAAUUGA